CCACCGCCGGUCCCCAUCGACCGGCAAUAGUGCUGCCUGGAAGAACCUCCCGGCUCCACCUUACAGCAGCGGGAGGAGAAGGCCCCUCCACGGGUCGGGGCGCGAGCCAGCAGCCUCCCCCGCCCCGCGCCUCAGGUUCUUCCAGGGGAGCUCUACGCUCGGUGGGGGCGGGGCUACGUUGCCAUGGGUCUGACCCCACCAAGCUAUUGGCUGGUGCGAUGGGAACGGAAACCGGAGGUGCCCUCUGAACCCGGAAGUGUUUUCGGGAGGCCUGGGCGGACUGGGUUUGAAUGAAAUCCGGCUGAUUCAUCGCGGCCCGCAGCGGAGGUGGAACAGCGGCGGAAGGGUUCCAGCCUCAGCUCCAGGUGAGGGCAGAGGCCGCUCGGGGGUGUAGGUCGUAGGCCCUCCCGUGGCUUGGUCUGGUUCCUGGGCCUUCCCGCGGCCCCGUCUCCGAGCUGUAGGGGCAGGGCCCGCGCGGCACUGGGCGAGGAAGUGAUGAGCGGGGCCGGGUGCGGGGGUAGAACCGGGCUGCCGGACGCUGGUGAGAGCCUCAGGGAGCUGGGAAGGGGCUGCGGGACAAGCGAUAGGGCCGCGGUCCGCUGGGGAAGUGUCGCGGCUUUUGGUGGCCUUCCCCUUUCUGCGGAGAGCGUUAACCCCUUCCCUGCCCCAGGUCUGUUACCUUCGAGGUGCCUUAGCCUGUCCCAAGGGCCUAGGUGACAGCAUGUUGUGCCUCUGCUUGGGAGUCGCUAAUGGGCAAUAUACUGCGCUGAACUUUAUUAUUUCCAACCACCCAAACGUUCCUUGGGUAGCUUACAAAAACAAGUGAGUGCAUUGCCACCGCAUGAAAGAGCUUGCGAUCUACAUUCAGCUGGACUUCAUUACUUUGUUGUGAACAGGAGAGGAGGGACAAGAGCUGCACUAGUUCAUGUGUUUAAUCAGUAAAACAUGUACACGGCUUGAUGAUUAUUGUAAAUUUGUUAUUGUUUUAACGCCAGGGUGCCUUAUUAGCCCUGGUACAAGGAACGAGAACUGCUGCAAGAAGCUCAAACGCUCCUAUAACGCUAUUGCUGUCAUGUUCUGUUCUUGGAGCACACAGACUGUAUGGUUUUCAAUGCUAAUAGGGACACUACUACCACAGUAAACUAAUUACAGGCAGCUCUGUUUGCAAGUUCAUGUCAACUGGCAGCAGUGACCUUUUCUGGUUCUGUAGCAAUGUUAUUUAUGUAAGAGACGCUCUACUGACAGCUGAAAUGCAGCUCUUCUGGGGUGAAGCAUGCAGUUGCCCAGUGGUGCCCAGCAGCACUCUAGGAUUGUAUUUAACAAAUGUUACUGGAAGAAGACAUCAUAAAUUUCUUCAUAGACAUCCAAAAAGUGGGAGCUGCAGUUGGGAUAAGGAUUACUAUCUGACUCUGUUGACAAGAACAAGAAAACUCUAGUUGAGUGCCAGAAAUAUGGACAGACUUCUACGACUUGGAGGAGGCAUGCCUGGGCUGGGACAGGGGCCACCUACAGAUGCUCCUGCGGUGGAUACAGCAGAACAGGUUUAUAUCUCUUCCCUUGCACUGCUGAAAAUGUUGAAACAUGGUCGUGCUGGUGUUCCUAUGGAAGUUAUGGGUCUGAUGCUUGGAGAAUUUGUUGAUGAUUAUACCGUCAGAGUGAUUGAUGUGUUUGCUAUGCCACAAUCAGGAACAGGUGUCAGUGUAGAGGCAGUUGAUCCUGUAUUUCAAGCCAAAAUGUUGGAUAUGCUGAAACAGACAGGAAGGCCUGAGAUGGUUGUUGGUUGGUAUCAUAGUCAUCCUGGCUUUGGUUGUUGGCUGUCUGGUGUGGAUAUCAAUACUCAACAGAGCUUUGAAGCUCUAUCAGAAAGAGCUGUAGCUGUGGUGGUGGAUCCUAUCCAGAGCGUAAAAGGAAAGGUUGUUAUUGAUGCCUUCAGAUUGAUCAAUGCUAAUAUGAUGGUCUUGGGACAUGAACCAAGACAAACAACUUCAAAUCUGGGUCACUUAAACAAGCCAUCUAUCCAGGCUCUAAUUCAUGGACUGAACAGACAUUAUUACUCCAUUACCAUCAACUAUAGGAAGAAUGAACUAGAACAGAAGAUGUUGCUAAAUUUGCAUAAGAAGAGUUGGAUGGAAGGUUUGACACUUCAAGACUAUAGUGAACAUUGCAAACUCAAUGAAACAGUAGUGAAAGAGAUGCUGGAGUUAGCUAAGAAUUAUAACAAGGCUGUGGAAGAAGAAGAUAAGAUGACACCUGAACAGCUGGCAAUAAAAAACGUUGGCAAGCAGGACCCCAAACGUCAUUUAGAAGAACAUGUGGAUGUGCUGAUGACCUCAAAUAUUGUCCAGUGUUUAGCAGCUAUGUUGGAUACAGUUGUAUUUAAAUAAUGAAUUUACUAUUAGUGUGGUGCUUUCUGUGUAUAUUCUUCUAUUGUUUCUAACACUUGGAAACCAGAGACGGUUGAAAGUAUAUUUGGUUAAAUGGAAGACAUCUGGCAUCAUUUGCAGUCUAAGAGCAGCACUAUAACACCUUUCAGUCUCUGUUGUGCAAUUACUUCUGUUUCUUUAUGUCAGGGUCUUUGCAGAUUCCAAAGCAGUUCAAGAACACAGAGUGGGCAAAUUGUAUUAAGUUUUCAUUUAAUAUUUGGGGGGAAAUCAGUAGUACAUAUAUAUUUUGAUUGUUGCUACAUAAUAAAAAUACAUUUACAGUCUA